CCUCUCACAGUUUAAGGGUAUCUUAGAGCCAUUUACCAUGCAUAAUUCGUUCGUCUUUGUUAUGAUUUUUGGUCUGUUAUUUACAUCAGAAAAUGUAGGUCAUCAAGCUGAGGCUGCCAGGGAAUUUUUCGUGUUUGGAGAUUCAUUAGUCGAUAAUGGUAACAACAACUAUCUCGCUACAACAGCUCGAGCCGAUGCUUACCCCUAUGGUAUCGACUAUCUGACUCACAGAGCUACCGGCCGGUUCUCUAAUGGCCUUAACAUUCCAGAUCUUAUAAGUGAGCAGAUCGGCUCAGAACCAACAUUACCGUAUCUUAGCCCGGAGCUCACUGGACAAAGGCUUCUUGUUGGCGCCAACUUUGCUUCUGCCGGAAUCGGAAUUCUCAACGACACCGGAGUUCAAUUUGUCAAUAUGAUCAGAAUCUACCAGCAAUUACAGUACUUCAGGCAAUAUCAGGAGCGAGUGAGUGCACUUAUUGGACCUCAACAAACUCAACGCCUAGUGAACCAAGCACUUGUUCUAAUGACCCUUGGUGGCAAUGACUUCGUAAACAACUAUUACUUGGUUCCCUUCUCGGCACGAUCACGGCAAAUCGCACUCCCCGAUUACGUCGUCUAUAUAAUUUCCGAGUACCGGAAAAUUCUAAUGGUAAACUUGCCCCAUCACUCAGACUCAUAUUUUGCUCCCCUUCCAUCUUUAUUGUGCUCAACUACCAUUUCUAAGGGCAUUGGUACAGUUUGA